AUAAUAAUAAUAAUAAUAAUAUAAUGACAUUUUAAAUAUAUAUAUAUAUAUUCUGCAUGUACUCUAUUUCAUUGUUUGUAAUGUCUCAUCAGUAAAGAUUGGCAGGUUGCAGAGUGGGGGGGGGACGACAGAAACAUGGCGUCUGCUCUCACAGCCUCUCCCUUGUCUGACGGAUUCCAAGCCACCACGGAUUACAGUUACGACUACGACUACAACGACAACGGCUCUUUGGUGACCCUGGGGGAGGACGAGCCCCAGCAAUUUGGCGGGACGUUCUCCGGUGUUCUGUACACCCUGAUCUUCAUCCUCAGCCUGGUGGGGAACAGCUUCCUGCUCUGGGCUCUGCUGGUGCGGGAGGACCUGAGGAAGACCACCACGCUCUUCCUCCUGCAGCUGGCCGUGUCCGACCUGCUGCUCACGCUGACACUGCCCUUCUGGGCCGUCUAUCACCUGCACCACUGGGUCUUCGGCAUGCCCGGCUGCCACCUCCUCGUCUUCCUCUUCUUCCUGGGCUUCUACGGCUACAUGGCGUUCCUGGCGGCGGUGACGGUGGACCGCUACCUGGCCGUGGUCCACGCCGUGCGGAUGCUGCGGCUGCCGUCUCGGCUGUGCGUCGCGCUCUCCAGCGCCUCCCUGUGGCUGGUGUGCGUCAUCGCGAGCAUCCCGGAGGCGGUGCACUCCGAGACUGUGGAGUACGGGGGCGAGACGCAGUGCCAGGCGGUGCGUCAGCAGCUGCACCUGGAGCUGCUGGGAUACGCCGUGCAGGUCAGCCUGUUCUUCCUCCUCCCCUUCGCCCUCAUCCUCUUCUGCUACGCGCGCAUCUGGGCCACCGUGUCCAGGUGCAGGUCGGCCAGGCGGGCGCAGGCCGUGCGGCUGAUCUUCUGCAUGGUGCUGGGGUUCUUCGCCUGCUGGGCGCCCUACAACGUGGUGCUGAUCCUGGGCGCCCUGCAGCUCCUGGGCUGCCCCGGGCUGACGGGGCCCGAGGCCAAAGAGAGGCUGGCGUAUGCGUACUACGUGUGCCACACCCUGGCCUACUGCCACUGCUUCCUCAACCCCGCCCUCCACGUCUUCGGCAGCGGAAGGUUCCGCAGUUACCUCUCCGUCCGUCGCCACAGCGACCGGGGGAGGAGCCUGACACUCACCACUCAGCACAGUGUCCAGCGAGGUUCCACCUCCCGUCAGUGAUGUGCUGUGGGUGCAACUGCAGAAAAACAAAGAAGGAAAAAAUCAGAAGCGGGGAUGGGGAGAUUGGGACAUCCUGAAAUACUUGGAACUGAAAGGCAAAGACUUUCAGUUCCCUGGAACCACUAUGGUGAGAAUCAGCCUUGUCUAGAAAUAUCUCACUAUUUUAUAAGUUGUUUUUUAAUUUUUUUAUUUGGCAAAUUAUCUAAAAAAAAAAAAAAAAAAAACACUUAGCAAAUAUACGUUUUUGUUACACAUUGUCCAUAAACACAGCU